AUGCCCUGUUUGCGAGGCAUCGAACUGUCUCUCGUUAUUCAACCAGACUCGGUGCUGCUACCAGAAUUUCCACAUCCUGAUGCUUCUUCAGUUCACGUUGCAUCUGUUGUUGAAGCCUCUCAGAGGGUCCAAGAAAACGAUGUGACUUCUCCCGGUUUGGACUCUCCUCGAAUCCAAAAGACGGCACCAAAAGCCUCCGUCUAUGUCCCUUCUGCACCUGGCUCACAAUUCUGGGUGCAAUAUUCCAUUCAUCGCCAUCCGGAGCCCUCAUGUUACCUCUUCUUUAAGUUGUUUAUGAACGGCCGAAACAUUACGAGUUGUGGGAUUAAGCCGGGUGCGGCAUCAGGCACAAUCACACGGGCCCUCUUCGAGCCAAGUGACAGAUGGCACUUGAAGCAAGAUGGAAUGCUGCUCAAGCGAAGCGGGAUUGAAUCGAGGUCCUUUUGUUUCUCCCCUGGCCCUGAUGCCAUUGCUGCAGCCGAUGACGGGGGUCUGAUCGAAGUUCAAGUCUUUCGAGCAAAAAGCCGUCGGAGAAGCACGCCACAAUUGGCUGUACACCGAGAUCAAGAACGCUAUGGGAUAAUAUCACCUUCAACUGGACUCCUUGAGCAUCCUGAAGAUGCAAUUUACUACGAAUGGAUUUUGCAGGACGCAACGGAGGCACCAUUUGCGACAUUUUGUUUCCACUAUCGUGCUUGGACGUAUCUGUGUGAUCUCAAUCUCGUCACUGACAACGACAACUCCCUACUGUACAAUGCGAGACUCUGGGAGAGAUUUGAGAGAAGUCGGCACGAAGCCACUGACUACUCUGAACUGGAGGAUGGAUCAACGGCUUGCCACGCAGGAUUGGACAGUGUCGACCCAAAAGAGGAAUCACAGAUCUUGGAGGCACACAACAGCCUACCUUUGCUCAGUAAUAAAGUAGUCACAUUCCCGACAAAGUCAUUCAAGAGGCGAUCGAAUUCAUAUACCCACUCAGCCACGCUGCUGCUUCUCCCACCAGUCAUGGAAGAAGACGUAUUCACAAGUUCCUAUGAAUCACCUGGAAACGAGAGGAUGACUGCGCCUCGAUACCGCUACCUGGCCCGAGAAAACCACUAUUUGCGCUUCCGUCGGCCCCUCCCAACAGUGAAUGAGGUGCCAAGGCUUGAAUGA